GGGGGAAGAACACUGAGUUUUUCUGGCUUACCUGAUACAGCCAAUGUAACAGAAAAUUCUCCAGCUGGUACUGUGGUGUAUACUUUCAGUGUUGAUUUAACCCCAAAUGUUUCAUUGGCAAUCGGAUAUCCUAAAAUAAUAAACUCAAACCCACUCACACAAGCUUUUGAGAUCAACCCUAGAUCUACAAUUGCGUACCAGGUUGUUACCACUGGAAACCCUGUUCCAGAUUAUGAAGCUAUGCCACAUCGAUUUGAAUUGCAGAUCCUUGUUUAUGACAAAGCUGGGGCAAAUGACCUACAAAUACUGACAAUCCAAGUGCUUGAUAUAUCUGAACCUCCAAUGUUUCUAGGCAAUCUGAAAUAUCAAACUGUUAUGAUCUACCAAUUUGAAGGAGCACCAAGUGGAAACAUAUACCAAAUUAAUGUAACCACUCCUGUAAAGUAUUCCAUGACCCCAGCAUCACCAUUCUUCUCUGUUUCUGGAACUGGAACCAUUUCUUCCUUGAAGGUAUUUGAUUAUGAGAAAGAUCCACAUAGCUAUAUGUUAAACAUUACGGCAACAGACCACCUUGGUCGGAAUACCAGUGGGACUCUGAUAGUCACUAUCAUAAACAAGAAUGAUGAACAACCUUAUUUUACCAUGAAACAAAGAGCUUUCAGUGUUCUAGAAGAAAGUCUACCAGGAAACAUGGUUGCCAAUGUAACAGCUAAGGAUCCGGAUGAUGAGGAAGGUGUUAGUAGUCUUCGCUUCAGCAUCAAUAAUCCUGGAGGGAUUCCUUAUUUGUCCAUAGAUACAGUAACUGGCGUGCUUCUGGUGGCUAGAAGAAUAGACCGAGACUCGGACCCAUUGCGAGAACAUCCCAACAUUACAUUGAUCAUUCGCGUUGAUGAUAGGCCUAGCGGUGGACAAUAUGCUGAAACAGAAAUUGUUGUAACUAUUGAAGAUAUUAACGACAAACCGCCAGAAUGUGACAAAUACAAUUACAGGAGAGAGAUAAAAGAAACAGCCCGCCCUGGAGAAAUAAUUCUUGAUUUGAAAGAUUUCUGUCGUGACCAUGAUGCUGAGUUACAAAACCAGCUGUUUAACUUCACUGGAUUGUCUGGUGUUGGAAGUAGCAAGUUCACACAGGAUCCACCUGGCUCUGGAAGGAUCAAGCUGAUAGGAAAUGUGGAUCUUGAAAAUGCAACUGAUGGAGCAGAGAAGGAAGAAUAUACUCUGACCACUGAGGUGCAGAAUAUUGCUUUCCCAUACUAUGCUAGUAUUAUCUACAUUUAUGUCAAAAUACAACCAGUCAACGAGUUUAAGCCAGUAUUCAGUGAUACUUCGUAUGUUUUUAAUGUGUCAGAAAUAGCAGCAGUUUAUUCCAGAAUCGGACAAGUGAUUGCUACAGACAAAGAUGUACCAUCCACCGGAAUAUCAUACUCAAUUUCAGUUGGAAAAGGCAACCCUAACUUCUCAGAAAUUUUCUGGAUUGAUCCUACAGGGGGCUACUUGACAAUUAUUGCUAGAUUAGACUACGAAACAUGGCAGAGUGCCAUUCUCAUGGUGCAGGCCUCUGACAACAAUGGCGAGUCUGCAACUGUGCCAGUAACAGUGAAUGUUCUUGAAGCAAAUGAUGAGCCACCAAUCUGCAGUCCUAAUUCAUAUUUGCUGAACAUUCCAGUGGACCAAACUUCUGGCAACAUUGCUGGAUUCCAUAUUACAUGUGUGGAUCGCGAUUCAAGUCCUAGAUCAUUCCGUUAUUCUUUUGAUUCAGGUAAUGUGAAUAACCACUUCGCUUUCUCACCAAAUGCUGGCUCUAAUGUCUCGCGGCUCAUCCUUGCAUCCCCUUUUGACUUCGAAAGCGGCUUGGAUAAAAUUUGGAACUACAGGCUGAAAGUCUUCAUAACAGACGAUAACCUACUGUCAGUGGGAGACAGAGCUACAGUCCGCAUUGAAACUGGCACAGUGACGCUGACCAUCAACGUCAUCCCAAAGCCAACCACAGAGGCCCCGACAACACCUCGUGUUAUCAUUUUGACUAGCAGAGAAAAUGUGUAUUCUGCCUUGGCUUGGUACGUGCCAUUCAUCAUUUCCCUUGGCAGCUUGAUCCUCCUUGGGCUUCUUGCGUAUCUCACCUUUUGGCUGGCAAAAUACAUCCGCGCCCACUGCCCACCAAAGCCUAGAGCUGAUAAACAGCCACUGAUGAAACCACCAGAAAAGAAGAAAGCUAAGAAAGCAGUGGUUUGGGAGAUGACCAACAUAAACCCUGUUUUUGAUGGUGAAGCAAAAGACCCAGUCACUGGCAAAUGGUAUGAAUAUAAUUCCAAGUCUGGGGCUCGAAGAUGGAAAGAUUCCAACAUGCCUUCUAAGCUGGAAGCAAAGGACCCAAGUGCAGAGGUGAUGACUACGAACAGAGUCCAACGGGAUCUAAGCCAACAGGAAACUCAGCCCAGUGGCCCAAAGCUGGGAGGACAAAACAAGGUGGCACAAAAGUCCACAGAAAGGAAGACAGAGACUUCUGACCCAAAUAACAAGCUAAAGUUGCAGAAGCCAAAAGAAGAGCCUUUGAGCAAGGGGACUUUGUCACCUGCUCCCCCUCACAAGUCCCCGGUCCCUUCUCCCAAAAUAUAUCCCAAGUACGAGAAUCAGUCUAUACAGAAAUGAAGGGGGUUGUAUUUGUAACCCAGAAAAACCCCCACCUGUAAUCUUAGUCCAAAUAGCGAGAGGUAACGCAGACAAAUUGUAAUCAUUUUCAGUUUCACCCCUACACAAGAGGGAGGAUACCAAGUGCUCUCUUCUGGCUGCCUAGCAAUUAUUAUUGCAAAGGCCUGUUUAGAGCACAAUCCAUUCCAGUGACUUAAUACAAUGGGAUGGCGAGCGAUCUGUAUAAUUUACAAGCAACUUCGGCUUUUGUAAUUUCAUGAAUCAGAUAUGAAACUGUGGGGUGGGGCAGGAACUGAACUUGAUUUUGAGAAAACAGAGUGAAGUGCAUGUACGGUAUAUUUCAUUAGAGUUCUUGUGACAAGAUCAUUUGCCUGUGGGAAAGUUGCAAUAGAAGGUGGCUGCAAGCUGCUAUGGGAUUUUUUGAUAUAUGUGUAAUCAUAAACAUACUAGUAGUAUAAUUUGGGCACAAUGGCUUUUGACAACAGUUGGCUCUAUUUUGGCUCAUCCUAUGUAUCUUAAUUUUUGAAGCAAAAUGGCCAUGCAAGUUUCUCCAGAAAUAUAUUACAAUAAACCAGCCACUGCGGCAAGGACAGUGAGCCUCUUUUGUAACCCUUGGGUCAGCACCCAUACUUGGGUUUCAUGCCCCUCGUUUCCAAUUCUGGCUUGAGCUGUGGCUCACAAAUCUCCCAUACUAUUAGUAAUUUCAGGCAAGAGUCCAGAGUCCCUAACUACCCAAAAGCCCAGAGAAAGUGAGUUAGCACAGUGCUAAAAGGAAGAGUAGGGGAUUGGGUGUAUCGGAUCUUGGAGCAUGUGUGGUGUCACAAGUCAAGGAAUUGAGAUCUGUGCUUUCUGCAAGAGUUAAGCUCUCCACUUCAAAAUCCUGUUUCAGCAAGACAACAUUGUGUCUCAAAUGUUCAUGUGGACCAGUGGAGUGUAAGGUUGAUCCUUCAGAUCACUGAUAAACAAGGACGGGUCUUGUUGGAGCUGUGAGCUAACCAACCAUUGAAAACUUGAGGAUUAAGUAUAUUUUGAUUCCAAUGUCUAUAGAGAGGACUUCCUUAGUGAGUGACUAACAUGACACCAAAUUCUUUGAACUGUUUUUCCUUCUAGUGGACUAUUAUGUUUUGUGAGGUAAGAAUGAAGUGAAGAAAACACAACCUUAAUUUUUGUGAAUACUA